AUGGUUAAUACGAUGGCCACAUCCAAUGCCAUUUGGUGGAUUAAGAACCCAAAGGAAUCCAAGGGCCGGAGAAACAAGAGACCCUCCGGUCUGCGCAAGCAAUCCUUGGGUUCCGCUUUUUGCCUGGAUAUGGCUGAUCUGCUGCGAAACAUAUCCCUGCAGGGCUACAAUAAACUAUUGUCGCCAGAUAUUACCCUAGGACAAAGAAUGAUUUGGUUGCUGCUGCACACCGCCACAACCGUCUCCCUAAUCGUGGUGCUAUCCCUGACCUGGGAACAGUUUGUGGCCCAAUCGUUUGUGACCAAUCUAAAGGAUCCGCUCUAUCCCGUUGAGAACGUGCCCUUUCCGGCGGUCUCCAUAUGCUCCAACAAUCGCAUUUCUAGGCAGGCAGCCUUCAGAUAUGCGAGUGAGCUACAAGACAGAAGUCCUAUAAGUCGACCCUUGGAAUACUAUAUGGAGCGUCUGCUGUUCCUUCGGGAGUUUUACGUGCAUGUGGGUGUCGUCGUGGACACGGACGAGUUUGGCAGCUUUCAAACAUUUCUCGACGUCUUUGGAACGUGGGACAACGAGACAUUUUACGAUACGCGACGCAUUAUGAAGGAGCUGACGCCCAAAUGUGAGAACUAUGUGCUGAAAUGCACCCUGGCCAAUGUGGAUAUUCCCUGCUUCAGCAAGGCUGCCUUCCAGGAUAGCCUCACGCAGUACGGUCCCUGCUGUACCUUCAACAUGGAGAACAGACUCAAGCAGCGCAACUUCUCGAAUCGCUUGGCCAGUUCAGAGCUCGGUCUCACCGUUGUUCUCAACUCCAGCCACUCGGAUCAGUUCGCCCCAAUCCUGAACACCGACGGUUACAUUGUACUGAUCCACAGUGCUGACAACUACGCUUCAGUGACCUCCUCGAAUACGCUGGAGAUGUUUCCGGGCCAGCGGGAGGAAACUUUCCUGCAAAUCUACGCUCGAGUGGUGGACACUGAUGAUAGCUUGAACUCCUUCUCCCCGUUUGGUAGACGCUGCUACUUUGACCACGAGGCCCAGACAUCCAGCAACGAGCAGCAACGGCUGCUGAGGUCCAUUUACUCCUUUCCCAACUGCGUCACCAGGUGCCGGAUUCGUAGCGUAAUAGCCCUAUGCCGCUGCCUGCCCUUCCAGAUGCCCAUCGAACUGGUGGAGAAUCUCGACGGAGUUGUCUAUUGCACCCUUGGCCAUAUACCCUGCAUCAAUCAGUACUUGUUCAAGUGGCGCAACGUUCUAACGGAGCGCCAUAUGAUCCCCGGCUUGGAGCGAGAGAUCGAGGAGGCUUUGUACUGUCCACAGUGCUUGCCCUCGUGCAACGACGUCCUGUAUGGAGUAACCUUGAGCGCCUUGCCCAUUGACAACUAUUUGGCUACCCUGAAGCUCGAUGGCAACAACCAGUCGGAGUUCGAUUCGAAUAUCUCCGUCCUGAGGGUCUACUUCGGCGAUCAGUAUGCCCAGUACUACAUACGACUGCUCAACAAUGCCUGGUUCGAGGUGUUCAGUACCAUUGGCAACAUCAUGUCCAUCUUUGUGGGCUUCUCGAUGGUGGCCAUCUUCGAGAUCCUUUAUUUUCUGAUCAAGCACAUUUAUGUUGGCUGCAAUCGCAUCGUCGAAAAGAACCAUGACGAUAGACAGGCCAAGGCGCUGGGGGAAAAAGAGUUGUAUAUCUGUCCAUAGGAAACAAUUUGGAAUGAACUCAGAC